AUGUGCCUCUCAGCUGGUUUACCUCUAGACAAGUGGAAAAGCAAUCAUCCGCAAUUCUCACUACCAAGUGCAUCGACUCAAGACGCUCAGCCUGUGCAUACAUUCGAAGAUCUCAUUUCAAAGAUACUUGGUAUCUCAUGGCAUCCUCAUGAAGACAUCUUCUCAUUCCAAGGAAACAUUUCGUUCAAACAAACCAUUACAAAACGAGCGAUUCUCUCUUUCGAUCCACUUGGGCUUAUAUCUCCGGUUGUAAUCAGAGCAAAAAUUUUGAUGCAACAGCUUCGGCUGGAAAAGAUUGGUUGGAAUGAGCCACUAACUCCUGAAAUAAUUCGUCAAUGUGACAAAGUUCGGGAAGACCUCAAGACACUCUUGACAAUCAAAAUUCCCAGAUGGUUGCAUUUGCACUCUCAAGCCUUCUUGGUACAAAUUCAUGGGUUCUCAGAUGCUUCUCAACUAGCAAUGGCAGCAGCGGUCUACCUCAAAGUAACAUACUUAGACAACUCGUCAGUUGUAAAUCUAGUCUGUACAAAAACCAAAGUGGUAGCUCUCAAACGUCUUACGAUUCCAAGACUAGAGUUAUCAGCUGCUGCUUUACUCGCAAAUCUAGUCAAACAUACUCAGAAGACUCUCAAUCUUAAUGACGUGCUAGUAUUCCUAUGGACAGACUCCUUAGUGACUCUCGCAUGGGUAAAAAAUAAUCCAAUGAGAUGGAAAGAGUUUGUGGGCAACCGAGUAUCAGCGAUUCAUGAUGCUACUCCACAUGCUCAUUGGAGAUUCACAUCAGGAAAACUCAACCCAGCAGAUUGUGCUUCUCGGGGCUUAAGCGCUUCACAACUCAUUGAGCACUCAUUGUGGUAG